CACAGCACAGGGGUUUCCAUGGUGAGGCAUUGUAGCAUUUUUCACCUGCCUCAGAAGAGGAUGGCUAGCUUAACCAAAGAGGUACAGUAAUGUAAGAAGGACACUGGUGGUAUCCAACAUGACUGCAGUGGUAAAAACACUGAUCCAAGCCCAUCCUGUGGGCAAAGAGUUUCCCCUGUCUACCAACAUCCCAUUUAUGGACAGGAACAAUCCAGAUGCAUUCUCAACCUGUUUCCGGGAGGACUUCAAGACUUUUUCUUCCAAGAAGGCAGAACCUGCUCAUCAGCCCACCCCAGCCCAGAUGGACCACAAGGACUUGAGGCACAUCAAGGAGUACCUGACAGAGGCGAUGGUGUCCUACCAGCAUCUCCCAUUGCCACAGAUGACCCGCACCCCACGAUGCACCAAGCUUUACACCAACUUCAAGAUGCAAACAGACCCUGGGGAGGUUGCCUUGCUCACCACACAGUCAAAGAAAUUCUGGCCCCAGCCCUUCCAGCAUCCUCCCACUCCCAUCCAACAAACACUGGCCAUCAAGCAGAUCCAGCAAGUGGACAAGAUCCCAGAAAGCACCAACAAAGCCUCCUUCAUCCCACACCAUGGCUCUCAUGUUGUAAAAGCCACGGCUAAACAUCUAGAAGAGGGCUUUCCCACAAUCAAAGGGGACAGACGCCAUCGCAAUUUUGUCUCCCAGUACAACAAGACCUUCCUGGGAGCCUGGAGCAGAGCUGCUCAAUCUGUGGAAAAGCACACCUCCUCAGUGGCUAUGGGUGAUCCUGUGAAGAUUGCAGAAAGAGAGACGACCAAUGUUGCGUCAUUCAGCCGGCCCACUGUCUGCAGCCCACCUGUGGUUAAAGAGCGUUUGAAGCUCAACCUUGGAAAUUUCUCUAAGGACUCAUGGUCAUGCACAUCCAGAGAAGCGUUUUGUUACCACAAGCUAGGAGAUCCAGUUAUUCUGACAAGGGGGAACCAAAAUUUUAGUUCCUUACCCAAGGGUGACACUGACAUGAGGCGCAACAAAGACAGGAUGUCUACGACCACCAACAGAAUCUCCUUCUCUGAUCUAAACCACACAGAGUGUCCAGUGCAUGUGCCCGGGCCUGACCUGAUGACCAAAAGCCAUGUACAGUUCAGCCCACCCUACCUGUCAGGCCUGUACUAUACAACCACGACCAAAGAACACUACAGCAAACAGGACAGAGAGCGAGCUAGACCAGUCAUCCAGCUGCCAAGCAACAUACUGAGUGGACCAGAACAUGGGCUGAGCCUCAGCACCACCAAGUCUGAUUACCUCCCUUUGAAGACCUGCAGACAGAUACCUUGUCUGUCACAGCAGAGGACCAACAUCAGGUUUCCACUGGACCAUCAGCACUUCAGCACCACCCACAGUGAAGACUACACCGCCAAACCUUUUAUCUUGCAGCGUCCUGGCUGCAGCCAGUUAUUCUCUCAUUUUGUCAUCAAGUGACUGAGAAACACAAUUUGGUCACUUACUCUUGUGUUCUUGCCCAGCUCCUGAUAAAAGAUAUAGUCAAAUCAAGAGCCAAGAAUAGUUUUGCUGAAAUGUUUACAGAUAUGUUUCAAAUAUACAGUAUAUUCCA